AUGAAAAAUGAUUAUCAACGAUUUGAUGGAGUCACGUAUCGCGUCUGGACAACAGUUAAUCGACGCAUCGCUCUAACCGGACUUGGCUUCUUGGGUCCCUACCUGGCCGAUGGGUCCUUCAGGGUCAGCAUUAUCAUUGAAACGGUUCCCGACUGGAAAACCAUCCUUGAAACCGGGAAAUUUGAAGUGUAUGCCAAAAAACGGGAAAUAUUUUACGUCGAUUUCGACAAGCCCUUCACCAUGGAGGCGAAUAAGUGCUACAGCAUGGGCUACAAGCUGGAUGGUCCAAAAACCGGUGUAUUGGACGAGUUGCAAGCUAUCAUCAAGGUGGACGACGUAUCCUUCUGCUUCUCAACGGAUUCGCGACAAUUGGCAGAAUUAAAAUAUAUACUUCUCGAUAAAUACUAAUAAUUAAAUUGGCAAUGUUAUAAGAAA